GAGAAGCUUUCGGCCGCAAAUUCCUUCGUGAUGUUGAAGAAGCUUUAUCACCCACCAACCAUGUCGACAACAAAUACACCCAAUUCCUUGAUGCCAAAAAACUUUUACAGAGUCAAACUGUUCCUGAAGAAAAAAUAGUUGAUAUGCUCAUCGUAAUAUUUGAAGGCCAUGAAAAUCUCCUUCGGAAACUCAAGCAUUUCGAUUUCGUGCCUCAAGUCGACGGUGAAAAACAAAGGGUCUCGGUAACAAACGGUAAAAAAGACGAAGGUAAUGUUGGCCCCCGACAAUUUGCUAACAAGUUCUUGAAAAGAGUCAAGAAUCGACUCGCGAACAAUGAUGAUAUCAGAGGUUAUGAUGAUUUCUUAAAAGCCAUGAUGUUGUAUUUGAGCGGCGAAUUGAAGGAAGGGACACUGUACAAGAAAGUUUGUCGCACGUUGUACGGUCACAUUGAUCUAGUACUUGAAUUAGAGUCGACAUUGAAUCAGGAUGACAGUGAUCAUACCCGAUGGAAGAUCAACACUUUUCGAACUCUGGCUAAGAAGUACUACUUGGAGAAGCGGUGCAAAUCCGCGAUGAAUAUGUUAGAACAAAAACCAGAAGAGUUGACGGAGGAUCAGCUUAGAUGCAUUCAGGAAAUUUAUUUCAGUGACUUCGAGAGUGAUCUCUACUUCAGUGACUACAAGUUUCGACAGAAGUUAAAGAGGGAUUUAAGGCAGCGUUUGAUGAGGAAAUUAGAGGAAGAUCCUCAAGGGGUUUAUGAUGCUGUUGUACCUAGUUUGGUGCAAACACUUGAACGUCUUACUGAAGGUCGUCCUGUGGAGGAAGAGUUUUUCGACAAGAUUCUCGCUCUUCCUGUUCCUCGGCCAGCCAGUGGAAAUUUUAACCUGUCAUGAAUUUUAUAGUGUAAAGAUCAGGGCAAGAAGCUAGACCCCGAAAGGUAGUUUUUACUUGCUUAC